CAUAAAGCAUUUAUUUUGGUGUUUGUUAGUAGAAACUUGAAUAAUCUUAAAAACAAGUUUGUAAUAUUACCGAUUGACCCAGUUAUCCAUGAAUUAAAAAAGGGGUAAAUAGGUAAAACCCAAGAAAGCUAUAUAUACUGGAAACGAGCUAAGCAAAUGAUACGAAGAAGAAAAGAAGAUGGGGCUACAAGGUCAGCUCAGUGACGUCUCUUCCGAUUCACUCCCUCUCAUGCUCCUCUCUCUCCUCGCCGUAUUCCUCAGCCGUCUCCGCUCUUUCCUCCUCCCUCCCUGCGAUCCAGCUUCUAAUCUCCCCCUCGUCGACGGCUCCAUCAUAGCCUCGGGACUCGCCAACAUAAUCGUCCUCGCCGAUCAGCUGAGCCUGAACCGGCUCUCCUCGUACCGGAGCGCCGGCGAAGGCGGUUCAGACUGCGUCGUGUGCCUGUCGGAGCUGCAUGAAGGAGAGGAGGUGAGGAAGCUGGAGUGUGGACACGUGUUCCACAAGCUGUGCUUAGAGGGAUGGCUUCAUCACCUCAAUUUCACGUGUCCUUUAUGUAGAUCGGCUUUGGUCGCCGAUGGUUGCGUUUCCCGAACGCAGCGGCGCGUUGGGAGGGAUUUGAUCUCGUGCUUCUCUCUCCAUUGAUUCAAGCGUGUGACCGGAUCGGAAGAUUUCGAUCCAACGGUGGUGAUUCACCCAUCUUUAAUUGUCCUUUAUAUAUAUGAAUUACAUAUAAAAAAAAAAGAGGUAGGUAGAUAUCAGAGAACUAGGUGGCUGACCCAUGCGCGCCCUUAUUUCUCCUUUUUUUAGGUCUAUCCCUUCCGAGGACGACCUUUGUGUGUUUUCAAUACUGCCCAUAUGUAAAUUUGUGAAGAAUGAUUAAACAAUAUCUCUAGUAUUCAUGUUUUAUGUCGCAUUUUUAAGUAUUUUUGUUGUUCA